GCGUGUAAGUAUCAAUAGCAUGGCGAGGUAGCACAACGACGUACCACGUCACCCUCGAGGCAACGCAGAAGAGCAUUGCGGUCGGUUCGUCGAAUCUCAGAUCUUCCACUCGCCUCUGUCAUUUUCAAUCGAGGAAAGCAUAUUUUUUGUCUUCAAAAUGUCGUUUUGGGAUGCUGAUUGCUUGCAAAAGUUCGCCUUCCUUCGGUUUUCGCCCAUUCCCAGUGCGAGGAGCUAUUAAAGUAAUCGGGCUGGUGAAAAAGCGCAUGCGAUUUCUUGAAGUUGCAGCAAAAUCCAUGUUUUGUUCCAGAAUCCACACUCGGUCUGCCGCAAAAACAAGUUUUGCAAGGUCGUUCGUUUUCCUCUUCUGCCCAGAAAUCUGACCUGGGCACGAACCUUUUACCUAGGGUUGUUGAUAUUGAUCGCUUGGGUGGCGGCAUUGAGGUGUUUGAAUCGGCUGGAUCUUUACGAUGGCGCUGUUUAGGAAGUUCUUUUACCGCAAGCCACCAGAUGGACUGCUGGAGAUAUCUGAGAGAGUCUAUGUGUUUGAUUGUUGCUUCACAACUGAUGUAUCGGAGGAAGAUGAAUAUAAGGUCUACGUUGGAAGCAUUGUGGCACAGCUACGGGAACAUUUCCCUGAUGCCUCUGUCAUGGUAUUUAACUUCCGGGAGGGAGUGAGUCAAAGUCAGAUUUCUAGUAUUUUGUCAGAAUAUGACAUGACUGUGAUGGAUUAUCCACGACAGUAUGAAGGAUGCCCACUGCUCACAAUGGAAAUGAUUCACCAUUUCUUAAGGUCAAGUGAAAGUUGGCUCUCAUUGGGUCAACAAAAUAUCUUAUUGAUGCACUGUGAGCGAGGUGGUUGGCCAGUUCUAGCUUUUAUGUUAGCAGCUCUUCUAGUUUAUCACAAACAAUAUGCAGGAGAACAGAGGACAUUAGAUAUGAUUUAUAAGCAAGCCCCUCGCGAGCUUUUGCAGUUACUAUCACCGCUAAAUCCACUGCCUUCUCAACUUAGAUACUUGCAUUAUGUCUCAAGAAGAAAUGUUGGCUCAGAAUGGCCUCCUCUUGAUAGAGCCCUUACUUUGGACUGUGUAAUUCUCCGGUUUAUACCUGACUUUGAUGGAACUGGCGGAUGCAGACCAUUGUUUCGAAUUUAUGGGCAGGAUCCCUUUCUUGCAGUUGAUAGAACUCCCAAAGUUCUAUUCUCAAUGCCUAAGAAGAGCAAGUUAGUUCGUUUCUACAAACAGGAAGAUUGUGAACUUGUUAAAAUUGAUAUCCAUUGCCAUAUUCAAGGGGAUGUUGUGCUUGAGUGCAUCAGUUUGGAGGAGGACCUACAACGUGAGGAGAUGAUGUUCAGAGUGAUGUUCAAUACAGCUUUUAUCAGGUCUAACAUUUUGAUGCUAGAUCGCGAUGCAAUAGAUAUCUUAUGGGAUGCUAAAGAUCGAUUUCCAAAGAAUUUCAGAGUUGAGAUUCUUCUUUCAGAGAUGGAUUCACCUAAUUCAAUGGCAUCGUUGGAAUUGAUAAAUGUUGAUGAAAAGGAGGGCCUUCCAAUUGAAGCAUUCGAUAAAGUGAAAGAAAUGUUCAACAAUUUAGAUUGGCUAGAAACAAAACCAGAUACUGCCAUGAAAGUCCUUCAGCAGGUUGCUUCUUCUAAGUAUUUGCAAGAGAAGUUGGAUUCAGUUUCUCCAGUGAAAUCUAAAGCUGAUGCUUUUCUAGCAGAAUUAAGUUCAGAUAUACUGUUUGAGGAAGUCGUAUCUAAUGAAAAUAGUGACAGAAAAAAGAAAGAAUUUCUCCCUCCCUCUACAAUGCAUUCUGUUCCAUUCCACAAAAUUUCUGAUUCAAAUUCAGAGAACAAUGCUGAAUUGCAUGGUCUACAGGCUCUAGCAAAACUUCCAUCUUUAAUAUCACAAAGAAUUCCUGUACCUCAAUCAACUGCUGCCUUUUCUUCUAAUUCUAGUCCCAGCUGUCAUCCAACUGUUUCAAGGUAUCACAGUGCUCGUUCACCUCUUGGAAUUAUGACUCUGCUGGAUGACCAUGCUGCAUCUAAUACCUCUGAAGCUAACACAAAGAAGAUUGCCUCAACGAGUUCAGCUUCUGGAUCCACUAUUCCCUCUGAGUCACCACAGCAACUAUCACCAGCACAACUAUUAACAACUUCAGUGAGCUAUACAAAAGAAGCUUCACCAUCACCACAAUGCUUAUCAUCGGCACCAGUACUACCAACUUCAGCAAAAGAGGCUUCAGUAGAACCUGCCCAUAUCACUCCUCCCCCACCCCCACCACCAACACAGCCCUUGUUGUCGCCGCCAGCACAACCAACAUCACCACCAAUUAGAGUAUUUUCACUUACCCCUCCACCAUGUUCAUUAGCCCGUUUACCGCUGCCGCCGGCGCCACCACCACCACCAAAAGUAACUAUGCGUGCUCCUACUUCUGUUUCUCCUCCUCCUCCUCAACCACCACCAAGAGUAAGCUCAUCUACGAUUGCUCCUCCUCUUCCACUACCACUUCUUCAUACUUGUGCUACCAAAACAGAAGCUCCAACAGUUCGCAAACAACUGGCUCCAGUGGAUAUCCUAUCUAUGUCUGUUAAAGGCUCUAUCCCAGAAGUGCCCCCAUCACCAGACAUACCUUCUCAUCUUAGAAAUUCUAUUCAAUCAACUUCAAAUCCUCCUCCACCUCCACGUCCACCUUCCUUAAAAGUCACUUCAUCGCCCCUUCCCUCUGCUGGCUUAGAAAAGUCUACUGCUUCAUCAGUUACACAGCAGGUAGGCAUCAAGGCAAGUAAGUCAAUACCUAGUCCCCCUCCACCACCCUUGGUUACCUUGCCAAUUCCCAAAGCUAACAUUUCUCCAUUAGGAAAAGGAGUUAAUACACCUGAUGUUCCUUUCCCUCCAACUCCUCCACAAUCUGUCUCAGAGCAUGCAUUAUCACCUCGACCUCGACCUCCACCUCCACCUCCACCUCCACCACCUCAUAUUUCAUCAAACAAUUCAGGUGGUUCUUCUUCUGAAACAUUACCUUCUCCACUUGUCCCAUCUCUUGUUCCUCCAAGUUCCCGGAAGAGCCUUUCCGUUCCUUACUCUUCUGGAGCUAAGGGAACUAUCUCUGAGGCAAUACUUCCACCACCCCUUAGUGGUAUGAAUGUUCCUCCACCACCACCCCCGACUUGUGGCAUGAAUGCACUGCCGCCUCCACCACCACCAAGUACCAUGAAUGCUCCUCCACCACCUCCUAGCAGCAUGAAUGCCCCUCCACCACCACCACCCUUCAGGGGCAUGAAUGCUCCUCCACCACCUCCUAGUGGCAUGAAUGCUCCUCCACCACCUCCCAGUGGCAUGAAUGGUUCUUUGUUAGGAGGGAAGGGACAGCUCCCAAGUCGAACUCCAACUUUCAGAAACUUUCAGUUUAACCAGUCCACAUCAAAAAAGUCUAACUUGAAGCCAUUGCAUUGGGUUAAAGUAACAAGAGCAGUGCAAGGAAGCCUAUGGGCUGAGUCACAAAAUACAGAUGAAUUUUCAAAGGCACCUGAAUUUGAUAUGUCUGAAUUAGAGAGUCUUUUUUCUACAGCAGUGCCAAGUCCUAAUAUUCAGGGUGCAGGUUCCAAGAGUGGGCGUUCAACUGCCCCAAAGUUUGACAAAGUUCAUCUGAUUGAUCUUAGACGGGCUAACAAUUGUGAAAUCAUGCUUACUAAGGUUAAGAUGCCAUUGAAUGAUUUAAUGAGUUCAGUACUUGCCCUUGAUGAUUCAAUCUUAGAUAUUGAUCAGAUUGAGAACCUUAUAAAGUUUUGUCCUACAAAGGAGGAAAUGGAACUACUGAAGGCAUACAACGGAGACAUAGAAAAUUUAGGGAAAUGUGAGCAGUAUUUUUUGGAGCUCAUGAAAGUCCCUCGGGUGGAAUCCAAGUUAAGAGUCUUCUCAUUCAAACUCCAGUUUCGCUCCCAGGUUGCUGACCUCAAAGGUAACCUGAACAUUGUUAAGACUGCUUCAGAAGAGAUCAGAAGUUCAGUUAAAUUGAAAAGAAUCAUGCAGACAAUUCUUUCCUUGGGAAAUGCAUUAAACCAGGGAACUGCCAGGGGUUCUGCUGUUGGAUUCAGGUUGGAUAGCCUUCUUAAACUCUCCGAUACACGUGCACGUAACAAUAAGAUGACCCUCAUGCAUUAUCUGUGCAAGGUUCUUGCAGAGAAGCUACCUGAACUUCUUGAUUUUCCUAAAAGUCUUGUUAGCUUGGAAGCUGCCUCAAAGAUGCAGUUGAAAAUUUUGGCAGAGGAAAUGCAAGCAAUCAACAAAGGCCUUGAGAAGGUUGAACACGAAUUAACAGCAUCUGAAAAUGAUGGUCUUGUUUCACAAGUUUUCUGUCAGACACUGAAGGGGUUUCUGGUUGGUGCUGAAGCAGAAGUUAGAUCCCUAACUUCUCUAUAUUCCAGUGUGGGCAGGAAUGCGGAUGCAGUAGCUCUUUACUUUGGAGAAGAUCCUGCCCGGUGUCCAUUCGAGCAAGCUGUUUCGACACUUUUCAAUUUUGUUAAAUUGUUCUCGCAUGCCCAUGAAGAUAACAGCAAACAACUAGAGUUGGAGAAGAAAAAGGCACAGAAAGAGGCUGAAGUUGAAAAGGCGAAGGUCACCAACUCAAAGAAAGAGCCACAGAAUACACAAUCACCGGUUGAUGGAGCUUGGAGGAAAUAGAUGAUGCUUUCGCCAUUAGAUUACCUAAAGUUACUCUUUUUCAAACCCAAGGAACAAAGUAUUGUCUAACGGCAAGAUUCCGACGAGGUCUUAGUAUGGAACACACCAGAGGAAAUUAUGUCGCUUCUCAUCAAUAAAACCCAGAGAGCUUGAGCCGAUCCAUGCAACCUAGGGAAGCAAUCCUUGUUAGUGAAAUUCUUUGCUUCGCGAAGAAUGAGCUAGCGACUAGGAAAUGCUUCGCCAAGCGCUUUGUACAGAUCACUAACCCAAAUCUAUUGCUUCCUAGAAUUUUGUUCUUUGUCAAAUAUGAUUCGAGAAUUGUACAUUGCUCCUUAUCAGGGUAUCGAUGUAAAACAAAAAUUUUGAUUGAUAUAUUCGCCUUGAGGUUAGUAUCACAAA